AUGAGCAUCUUUGAUUCGGUUGACAGACCACGCAACCAUUUUGUAAUAUCUCGAAUUCUCCAGUCUGAGCUCAACAACAAACACAGUAGUUUGUUCAAGGCUUCCGAGCAAAAAUUUUGCAGUAAAGCUCAGGAAACAUACGACAUGUCAGACACAAAAUCUGAGGAUGAGAAUGGUACAGAAUUAAGAGAUGAUCAUCCUGAUGAUGAACAACAUGUUGAACAUUCAAAAUUUUCAGAGCCGGAGAAGCAAGAUCCUUUGCCCUGCCCUGAACAACAGGAGGAAGCAAUCAAGAAGAAGUACGGAGGAUUAGCACCUAAAAAACGGCCCCUGAUAUCCAAGGACCAUGACCAUGCUUUUUUUUAUUCUGCUGAUUGGGCACUGGGAAAGCAAGGAGUGCAGAAGAGCAAAGGACCGCUGGAAGCACUUCGUCCAAAGUUGCAGCCUACGCCACAGCAGCAAAUUCGUUCAAAGCGCUCAGCUUAUGCUCAUUCAAGUGAUGAUAGUGAAGGGAAUGAGAGCUGCCAGGACAAGUGCACUCCCGAGCAGGAGGACCAGAGCAAAGGACUAGACGGGUUUUCUGACGAUAAUUCUCAUCCAGAUGAUCAAUGCCAUACGGUUCAUUGCCCAGGCUCCUUGCACGUAGACGACAACUAAAAGUUGCUCGCUAUAUUCUGCUGAUGGAAUUACCAAAGAGUGAUAAGAAAUGCAUUGCAGAUUUUAUAGCUAUGUUAGGUAGUAGUUCGAGUAUGAUGAUCUUUGCCGCAACUUCGAUGGAUGCGAUGAACUAACAAAAGAUCUUGUAUCCUUGAUGUGGAGUUGGACAUAAAGUUACUCUCUUCGUGAAAAGCAGAACAUAGUAAUAACAUGCACACAUUUAUAUACACCUGAUUGGAGUAUUGUAGACUGAUAUAUCGUAAUUAUUUAGUUGGAGUAAUGUAGACUGUACUGUAGUGAAUCAUUCUUGAGUCUUGAUAGAGGAAUUCCGCAUCUCCAAGGUGCCAUUUUCCCGCCACCAUUUACCACAUUUUUCAAUUGGCAAAUAGAACUUGACUUCUCUGUGCA